AUGGAGGAACAGACAGAGUUCUUUAAUUUUGCAAAAGAUGAGUAUGAUAGGAAUGAUUCACAUGACAAGGUUAUUGGGCCGAGGAUUUGUUCUUACAGUUUGUCAUUUGAUUAUAAUAAAUCAGAAGAAUGGUAUAAGGGAUCAUUAUCUUUCAAACGUGAUGGGAAACCGAUACCUGUGACAUUUGUAAAAGUUGACGGAGUUGAUGGGAUAGAUGCUGCUAGUAGGGCAGAAUUAAUUUUUCAUAGGACUUGUGAAGUUGGUGCUGAUGUGACUCAGGCACUUGGCCAGGUUGAUGAGUGCUCAGCCUUGCUGCAGUUCAAGGAAAGCUUUGCAAUUAGCAAGUCUGUUUCUGCAGAUCCUCUUGCUUAUCCGAAGGUUUCAUUUUGGACGCGAGAAGGAGAUGGGAAUCGGAGUAAUUGUUGUUCAUGGGAUGGUGUUGAGUGUGAUGAAGACUUCGGCCACGUUGUCAGCCUUGAUCUCCGUAGCUGCUGUCUCUACGGUUCUAUCAAUUCCAGCAACACUCUCUUCCGCCUUGUUCACUUGCAGAGGCUUGACCUCUCAGAUAAUCAUUUCAAUUUCUCUCAAAUACCAUCAAGGUUCGGUGAUGAUCUUUCGAGUCUAACAUAUCUCAACCUUUCAAAUUCCUUCUUUUCCGGAGAAAUUCCAUCAGAAAUUUCAAAGUUAUCGAAGCUGUCUACCCUUGAUAUGUCGUUCAAUGAUCGGAAAACUAAUGAUAGUAGCCAUUUAAAAUUGACAAAGGGAAACCUGAGAAGCCUCGUUCAAAACUUGACCAACAUAAAAAAGCUUCAUCUUAGUGGGGUAGACAUAUACUCCCCUGUGCCUGAUAUCUUGGUCAAUGCAUCUUCUCUCACAUCUCUCCGACUUGUCAGUUGUGGGUUGAAUGGGGAAUUCCCAAUUUGCAUUUUCCAUCUACCAAACUUAGAGGUUCUUUAUGUGAGCUCUAACUCAGACCUAACAGGCUAUUUUCCCACCUUUAACAAGAGCAAUGUUUUCAAGGAAUUGGGUGUUGCCGACACGAAUUUCUCUGGCCAACUGCCUACCUCCCUCGGAAACCUUCAUUCCUUGAUUGUGUUUGUCAUCUCAUCGUGUAAUUUUCAUCCCAAUGUUCCAUCUUCUUCAUUGGCAAACCUUACCCAACUCAGUUACCUUGACAUGUCUUCAUUUAAUGACGUUUCCAAAGGCAAGCUAUCUGUUUCUUUUUCUUGGGUUGGAAAACUAACCAAACUCUACCGCUUGAGCCUUAGAGAAACCAACAUAAAGGGAGAAUUCCCAUCUUUUGUGGCUAACCUGACACAACUUGAAUUGCUAAACUUGUCCGAUAAUGAAAUAUCAGGUCAAAUCCCAUCUUGGCUUAUGAAGUUGACCCAGUUAACCUCUCUAAGACUUCGUUAUAACAAUUUGCAAGGACCAAUUCCUAGGUCGCUCUUCCAACUCGAAAAUCUUGAAUAUCUUUUUCUUGCCGGUAAUAACUUGAGUGGGUUGGUUGAGUUUGAUCAGUUUUCCAAGCUCAAAAAGUUGAAGGGCCUUCAAUUAUCGAACAACAUGUUAUCUGUGGAGAUCAGAAAUGAUUUAAGUGCUACUCUUCCAAAACUUCAAACUCUAGAACUGGGCUUCUGCAACUUAACAGAGUUUCCAAUUUUUUUGAAAAAUCAAUCCAAAUUGACUAAGCUAGACCUUUCUGACAACAAAAUUCAAGGGCGAAUACCAGAAUGGGUCUCGAAUGCAACUAGAGAAACUUUGUCAAGACUCUAUCUCGAGAACAACUCGUUAACUGGAUUUGACCAAAAUCAAGGCAUUCUCCCAUGGACGAAUCUGACCAUUCUGUCUCUUGGGUCUAACAUGUUACAAGGACCUCUGCCAAUUCCACCGCAAUCAAUCAGAAUUUAUGAUGUCGAAAACAACGAAUAUACUGGAGAAAUUUCACCUCUGUUCUGCAACUUCAAUAAUCUCCAAGCUCUCCAGUUGUCCAACAACAACCUCAGUGGCAUGCUUCCACAAUGUUUGGGUAACUCUAGUGUUUUGCAAAUAUUGGCCCUGCAUAACAAUUUUUUUAAUGGAUAUAUUCCUCCAAUAUGUCCAAGCAAAACUAGUCUGAGAAUUGUUGAUUUUAGUUAUAAUCAGUUGCAGGGGAAGCUACCAAGAGGGGUGAUGAAUUGUACUCAGUUAAAGGUUCUUAAUUUUGCAAACAAUCAGAUGAGUGACAUCUUCCCAUCUUGGUUAGGGGCACUUCCAGAAUUAAGGAUUCUCAUUUUGCGGUCUAAUGGAUUUCAUGGCGUAAUUGGGAAGCCUGCAACCAAACAUGAGUUCCCAAAUUUGCACAUCAUUGACUUAUCUAACAAUGGUUUCUCAGGUAUGUUGCCCUCUAACUACUUAGAGAUCUGGAAUUCCAUGAAAUAUGUUGAUGAAAACCAGGGAACUUCUUAUGAAGUAUAUACGGAUGUCGUCGGUGGACGAUACUCUAAUUAUCAUUACGCAAUGACAAUAAGUGGCAAAGGUGUUGAGUUGAAAUAUGAAAAGACCCCUUAUCUUCUCACACUCAUAGAUCUGUCAAGUAAUAGAUUUGAAGGAGAGAUUCCAGAAGGUCCCGUUGGGAACCUAAGAGGCCUUGUUUUGCUGAACCUUUCCAACAACUCUCUCACUGGUCACAUCCCCUCAUCUUUAGGGGACUUGGCUGCUCUCGAAUCGUUAGAUCUCUCCCAGAACCAGCUCUCAGGAAGGAUCCCGAGUAAUUUAGCACAACUCACUUUCCUUGCAUAUUUUAAUGUAUCCCAUAACCAUCUCUCCGGGCCUAUACCACAUGGCAAACAAUUCGAUACAUUCCAGGAGGACUCGUACGAAGGAAACUCAGGUCUGUGUGGAAAGUCUCUGCCAAAGAAAUGUGAAGAUUCUGAGAGCUCAACGCGGCCACCACCAUCAAUCGUGGGAGAAGAAGAAGACUCUGUAUUUCAAAUUGCACUAGAUUGGUACGUGGUUUUGCCAGGAGUUGUUAGUGGUCUGAUUGUUGGAGUGGUUGUUGGGAACAUAUGGACAACAAAGAAGCAUGAAUGGUUUGUGGAGACGUUUAGCAGGAGGAGGAAGCCAAGAGGCACAAGGGCUAGGAGGGGAAGCAGAACUUAG